GUGAGGGGUCGGUUCGGCGGAAGUGGGUUUGAGCGGUGAAGUUUUGGCUCUGGCGGCUUGGCCUGUUGUGGGGAGGUUCGAGGGUUUAUUUGUUUUUCUUGUGGUUCAUUCCCCCGCCCUGGGUUUUCGGGCGUCCGGCCGGAAGUUUUCCGGCUUCGUUGGUUUAAAUUUUUUUGUGGGUUUUCAAAAGAAACAUUUUUUUAACUCGGUCAGCAGAUCUGUGGGGUUUAACAUAUGAGCGUUUCACUGGUGGCCGUACGUCUGGAGCUGGCGAACCAUUCGCACCAUCCGGAGGGUUUCGACUAUUGCGCUGUCAAUAUGGCAGAUGAUGAGAGUAAAGAGAAGAAAUCGCUCAGUUCAGCAAAGCUCUUGCUGGAGGGUAAAACAACUGGAGAAAAAUCCACUAUCUUGCAUCAACACAUUGGUCGUAGAGAGAUGAGAGACAUGGUAAUUGAAACUAUAACCUCCAACAAAGACAAAGGUACUGUGGAAAGUGUACUGAAAUCUGAGCAAAAGACAACAUAUGGCACCGACCCUGUGGAGAAAGCAAGUACUGCUGAUCCGAAUGACAAUAGUAAAGUGUGCAAGGAUCAGAGUGGGAAUACACCAGACUCGCCAUCUAAACAGCUGCCUGACCAAAUUUCUUUCUUUAGUGGGAAUUCAUCAGUUGAAGUGGUACAUGGAAUCAUGCAUCUCUACAAAACUGACAAGAUGACGUCCUUAAAAGAAGAUGUGAGGCGUAGUGCCAUGUUAUGCAUCCUUACUGUCCCAGCCACCAUGACCAGCCAUGAUCUUAUGAGGUUUGUUGCUCCAUUUGAUGAUUCGAUUGAGCACAUGAAAAUAAUAAGAGACUCCACCCCAAACCAGUAUAUGGUUCUCGUCAAAUUUUGUUCACAGGCGGAAGCAGACAGCUUUUAUACUGCCUGUAAUGGUCGGCAAUUUAAUUCUAUUGAGGAUGAUGUUUGCCAGUUGGUAUACGUGGAAAGAGCUGAGGUCAUCAAAUCUGAGGAUGGAGCCAGUCUUCCUGUAAUGGGUGUAACUGAGUUACCACCGUGCAUUGUGUGCCUUGAAAGAAUGGAUGAAUCUGUAAAUGGUGUUCUAACAAUACUCUGUAAUCACAGCUUUCAUAGUCAUUGCUUGCAACACUGGGAGGACACAACGUGCCCAGUUUGCAGAUACUGUCAGACCCCGGAGCCAGUUGAAGAAAAUAAAUGUUUUGAGUGUGGAGUCCAGGAGAACCUGUGGAUUUGUUUGAUAUGUGGACACAUAGGAUGUGGCCGAUACGUCAGCCGUCAUGCGUAUAAACACUUUGAAGAAACACAACACACGUAUGCCAUGCAGCUCACUAAUCACAGAGUCUGGGACUAUGCUGGAGAUAACUAUGUUCAUCGCCUGGUGGCCAGUAAAACAGAUGGAAAAAUUGUCCAGUAUGAGUGUGAGGGUGACACUUGCCAGGAUGAAAAGAUUGAUGCCCUUCAGUUAGAGUAUUCAUACCUCCUGACCAGUCAGCUAGAAUCUCAACGCAUCUAUUGGGAAAACAAAAUAGUACACUUGGAGAAGGAUGCAGCAGAAGAGAUCAACAAUAUGAAAAUAAAAUUCAAAGAAACCAUUGAAAAGUGCGACAGUCUGGAACAGAAGUUGAAUGAACUGAUGAAAGACAAACAAGCUCUCGAGAGAAAGUGUUCUCAGUUGAACAACAGAGUUUUGAAAUUGGGCACUGAACUGAAAGAGGAACAAGAAAUGAACAAGUGCCUGCGAGCUAAUCAGAUUCAGCUGCAAACCAAACUGAAGGAAGAAGAAAAAAAGCUGAAGGACACAUGUGAUGAGAAGGACAGGCAGAUUACAGAGGUGCAAGAGCAGCUGCGAGAUGUCAUGUUCUACCUGGAGACUCAGCAGAAAAUCAAUCAAAUGCCAGCCGACACCCGACAGGAGAUUCAAGAGGGACAGAUAAAUAUUGCAGUGGCAUCUGCUGCAUCGUCACCUGGAGCCAUAACCAAACAGACCUCCAGGAGAGGAAGAGGCAAAAGGAGCAAAUAGUUGAACUUUCUCAUUUUUGAAAGAGGAAGGAAAAAAAAACAAAACAAAAAAACCUCCUGGGAGGUGUGUGUAUAUUUGCUUAUUUUCAGUGCUGACUACUACCAUACUUGUGUUAUCUAUGAGUCUAUAUUCAAGAAUUGCCAGUUUUUUGGCAGUUGGGCUAUAUUCUGCAUUGUGCAGAAAAAUUAUUUAAUACAACAUUAUUGAUUUAUAUUUGCUGGUAUUAGAGCUUAAGUGUAUGAGCCAUGCAAUUGAAAGGUUUGCAGUACAUUUGUCAAAUGUUCAGGGCAUCACAAGCUACUCUAUCACAAUGAAUAAUUCACAGUAAUUUACUGCUCAUGGACACUGGCAUUAAAAUUCUGUCUUAAUAUUUUUCAACUUGCUUGAAAUUCGCAACCUAACUCAUUAGACCCACAAGUCCAGCACUUAGACACACUAUUUGGAUUAUAGGCUGUAUGAUUUAAAUGGAAGUAGCAAUAUAGUUGACACAACCGUCAUUCAAAUCUGUACAGUGUGCAUACCUGGAACACUUUAGGACACAGUGAAUUUAAAAGCAAAUUUUAAUUGUGUUUCUGCACAUCUUUAUUGUUGAAAGUAGAUUUUUUGUGGACUAGGUGAUGAUGUCGAUGAGUACACUGCAUUCCUUUGGAAUUUCAGCAUAACUGUGGCCAAACUAAAUACAUGCUAAUCUCUCUCAGCUGUUAGAUACCUACCUGAAAUAAAUUUGUGCAGUUUAAAUUCAAGUCCAUUGGAGAAAAUUGUCCAUAAUUCAACAUUAAUUGAGAAUUUCAUUUGUAAGCUGGGUAAUGUGGCUAAUGGAAAUGUUAUAGUGGUGGUGUAGCCGGCAUUUAAAGUUAUAUACCUGCCUUGCAAGUAAUGAAUGUUGACAUUAGGGAAGAGUAAAGAUUGCUUAGCAUUAGAAAAGAAUUAAAAGAGUAGAUAUAUAUUGAAAAAAAAAUUAAAUGUGUGUUAAGUUUACUGAAGACAUUUGCAGUUAAUUGAAAGGAUGAGGGUCCGUCAAAUUGACUAACAUAAGCUUUUAACUUUAGAAUAUAAAAAUUACGGUAAGCUGACAAAACCAUUUGUGUGCGUGCACUGACUUUUACAGCCAGGUUUUGUGACGGUAAAACCACAUUUUACCCACUGAUGUGACCAGUAAAUUGACUGUCAACAGGAACAAUAAUUCACAUGUAAAAUGAAAGAAUUCUAAGUAGCAUGUAACACCCAAGAAAUAAAGAUGGGCUGUGCUUCACCAUAAAUCUCACACCCAAAGAAUAAACUGAAUAUCUCACUAAUGUGUCCAGGUGUUCCUUCACUUGCAUCGAGGGCCAUUGCAAAUCAUCCGUAUCUAUAGACCUCCAGUUCUUCCACACUUUGGGGAAUGAAUAUCCUGCAAUAAAUUACUGUUGAUGUGCAAGAGAUUUUGUUUCUCAUUUGCACAAUUUUAUUCUUUACGACUGACUUUACAGCUAAUACAGUUCUUUUUCAUGUAAUUUGUUUUUGUUUUGAGGGAUUUUAUUUUUGGCAAUGCAUAGAUUUUUUGAGUAGAACCCUAUGCAAAUACAAAAUGGCACCAAUCAUACCUAUGUAACGAAGGAUGGAAAAGGAAUUUGGUAGAUUACUAGAGCACCUAAGCUACUUAAAGUCCUCCCUUUCUCUCAUUUGUGGUCAAGUCAGCAGUAAGUAUAUUGUCUAAGGGUUGCAGUACUUAACAAGAAGCUUGGAACACUUGUAAUGCCAGAGCCAGAUGCAAUUGUGUGGUUGCUGUAAAGAAUCAAACUUAGAAAAAAAAAUUGUGUAUUAAUAUAUUAUGUAAUUUAAUUUAAAGAGAGGGAGUGUUUUCAAUUUAUGUACUUCAUUUUUGAAUGAACCUUAAUUCAGAAGUUAUUAAUAUCCUGCAGAUUAUAAAGAAACCUAAAGAUUGAAGUUUACUUGCAUGGUUUCCUGAGUUGAUCUUAUUAUAGUGAUUAAAUAUUUUGAAUGAUAGCUGAUGUAAGACAGCUGUUGAUUGAUGGGUGUUGAGUAAAUUGUCAAGCAGGUAUAUUGAAGGAGAUAUUUUUUCUGCAAGAAAUGUCUGUUACCUGGCUGUGAGGACCACUAGUGUUCACCAUUUUUAAUUACACUGCACAAGAUGGUAAUUUAUUAAAGCAGGUUUUUUUUUAGAUGUUUUGCAACAAAUGUCUCUGAAGAAAAACAUGCAGGUGUAAAUUAUCUACAGCAAAACCAUGUUACUUCUUAAUGGAGGUAUUAAUAUAACCAUUUUGUAAAUAACAUUUUACACACAUUGUUAAUUGAAGGCUGUUGAAUCUUGAAGUGCAAAUUGAUGCAUUUCAGGUCAAACUCUUCAAUCCGGAUCACUGUAUUUUAAUUUUACAUAGAGUGGACUAAAUUAGACACACUAUCUCAAUUCAAUAAACUGAGCAAUAAUUCUGUCAUACGUGUGAAUCAGGCAGUGCAACAUAACUUUUGGCUGUUCAGAAUGGACAAAAUUUUGCUGCAGCCCUAGUUGUGAAAAAACUAUUAUGGGAUUGUUUUAAAAAGAAUAAAAAUUGUGCCACAGUAAA